AUGGAUUACUGCAAAGCUUUGCGACGAAGGAGCUUUAUCAGAGACGUGAAUAAACUCAAAGCAAUUUGCAGCGCUCGUGAAGAAAUGUCUUGUACAAUAACUCAUGAUGUUGUGGCAAUUAAAACCUUACAAGAUCAAAAUAGCAAGCGUUGCAUGAAUGAACGAAAUAUCAUGAACUUCAAUAUUUAA